AUGGACUACUGUGCAUUCCUGCUUCUCCGGGUGGGAGCUGAUGGAGCUGCAAUGUGCGGUGCAAGGACCAUCAAAAUAGACUUGCAGGCCUUGGGACGGUUGCCGACUCCCCCUGCCUUCAGGAAGGGGAAUUCCCUCUCCAUCGAGCAGAGUCUGGCUGGCACUUACGAGGUGAAGCUGCCCCGGAUCACCCAGCUUGGAAGCAGGAGUGAAACCUGCCAUGGAAAGUCCUUAGCAGCUGACCGGGAGCAGAGCUUUCUCCAGCCUUUCCCAUCGGAAGUUGUAUUUCAGGACUUCGUUCCCUGUGAGGUCUAUGAAAAGCUGCUGGUUCUGAGGAACAGUGACAAGGUUCCUCAGCUGGUGAAGGUCAUCAUGGAACGCUCACCGUAUUUCAAGUUGGUGAUCCCCAGUGGUGUGUACCGUAAGAUACCACCUGGCCUGACUGCAACUUUCCGCAUCCUUUUCACCCCUGAGGAGAACAAGGAUUAUUUCCACCAGCUCACCUGCAUUGCAGGAAAGGAAAAGCUUAUUGUGCCGAUCCGAGCUAUAGGUGCUCGACCUGUCCUGGACUUCCCUGACCAGCUGCACUUCUCCGUCUGUCCAGUCAACUACAGCACCGAGAAAACACUGCUCAUUCGUAACGUCGGUAAUCGGGAGGCCCACUACCGCAUCAGCACUCAGAGCCCUUUCUCUGUUAGUCCCUCCGCUGGGAACCUUGGGGUUGGUGAAGCCACACAAGUAACGGUGGAGUUUCACCCAGUGAAGACGGGGGAUCAUUCCGGGUCCCUGAUAGUUCACUAUGACACAGGUGAAGAUACCCACACAAGCCUUUAUGGAGCGGCUGUAGAUGUCAACAUCAGGCUGGAGAGGAGGUCCUUGACAAUUGAGAAGACUUACCUCACUCUGGAAAACCGCGGCACUGUGGUCAUCCACAAUCGGAGUGGAAUCACUGCCCACUUCCAGUGGAAGGCUUUUGUUACUCAGGAAGAGGAGGAUAAGCGGAAGCUGAGGCUGUGCCAGAGGCUGCGCAGCAGGGAGGAUGACAUGUUGGAUUGUUUUCUCAAGGAGUGCUUGGAGUUCUCCAGUCUCCGAGAAUGCCGUCCUCUUCUCUCCGGCAACGUCCGGAACCAGAGUGCGAAAGGGCAAGGAGACCGCACGCUUUUCUCCAGUGAUAUUUUCACCAUUGAUCCAGUGGAAGGAGAUGUCUUGCCAAAUUCUUCAGUUGUAAUUAAUGUGAUCUUUAAACCCCAAGAAGCCAGAGUCUACAAACAAAUGGUCUACUGUGACAUCUCAGGCCGUGAAACCAGGCUGCCCCUGCGCAUCAAAGGGGAAGGCAUAGGGCCCCAGCUCUGCUCUGACUUGGACCAGCUGGACAUCGGGAAGGUCUCUGUUGAAUCAGCGCAGACUUAUGAGAUGAUCCUGUUUAACAAAGGAGCCAUUGAUGCUUUCUUCAGCCUGGAGCCUCCAACUACAGCUCUGGGCUCCUGCUUCACCUUUCUCCCUCAGGAAGGUCUCAUUUCACCAAACAGGCUCCAAAUCAUCAAGAUCUCCUUCAGUUCCACCAUCCUGGGGGAGUUCACAGAAGAGUUCAGAUUCAAUGUAAAUGGAUCCCCUGAGCCUGUGACUUUGACUAUCAGGGGCUGUGUUACCGGACCACUUGUUCAUUUUGAUGUGCCUUCUCUCUCCUUUGGUGAUGUCUCCUUUGGCUUUCCUAGCACAUUGUCCUGUCGCCUCAUUAACACCUCCUCGGUGCUCAGGACCUUCAACCUUUACAUUCCUGACGAUGGCUCAGGAGAGCCCAGUGUCACCAUUUCUGAUCUGAUGUUGGACAACACCCUCCCAUCUCGAAGAAGGAGAAGUCGAAGACAGGUCAGGCCGACUGAAUUUACCAUCACUCCUUGCAGAGGGAUCAUCCAGCCCCAGGGAUUCCAGGAUAUCCAGAUCACCCUGUGUUCCAACACUGUGAAGAAAUACCGUCUGGCACUGGUGGUGGACGUGGAGGGUGUUGGCAAGGUGUCUUCAUUGCUCCUCAGAGCCAGGUGUGUCAUUCCUCAGCUGCGAGUGCUCAACCCUGUUGUGACGUUUGAAAAUUGCUUCCUGAAAGUCCCCUGUCAGCAGACGCUGACCAUUGUGAAUGACAGCAAUCUUCCAGGCUGCUAUAGGGUUCUUCCUCAGGAACACAAGGACGCUGCUGCUGUGCAGUACUCCAGCCCUGUGCCAUGUGGGAUUAUCCAGCCUUGCAGCUCAGUGGAGGUCCCAUUUACGCUGGAAGCCCAGGUGACGGGAGAGCAGGACUCUGUUGCUCGUGUUGCGGCAUUUGGGAUGGAAGAAUUCCCACUGGAAAUCCAUUUGGUGAGCAUUGCAGAAGGACCAGUUGUCUAUGUCCGGCCAAGUAAAAUAAAUUUCGGCAGUAUCCAAGUCCUACAAGACGCUUCCCGGACUCUCCGCCUCUGCAAUCAAACCAUCAUCCCUGCGUCCUUCACGGCACAGAUGGCUGGUAAACACUCACGCUGGAGGAUUGAACCCAGUCAAGGAGUGAUUCCCCCCAACACCGAGGUGGCUCUGGCUGUUAUAGCAAACUUGGAUGGCAUCAAGAAAUUCAAGGAUGAGGUGAAGGUGUUCAUAGGGAACAGCCGGAGCUACAUCAUCCCGGUCCAGGCUGUUGGCGUCGGCACCACGACUAUUAUCAACAAACCUAUUGCUCCAGAGGUCAACUUGGGGCCCCACUUCAGGUAG